AGCCCAGGCAGUGAGUCACGACACAGCCAGUUUUUUUCACCUUCGACUGUGAAAAGUGGUAUGCUCCCCGUCACUCCGCAAGCAGAAGAGGGAGGGUCAACAUGGCGUCUGAACAGGAGAGCUCCAAUGGGCCAGUGAAGAGGUCUAUGCGAGAGAAGGCUAUAGAGAGACGUAACAUCAACAAGGAACAUAACAGUAACUUUAAAGCUGGCUAUGUACCCAUAGAAGAAGAGCGUCUUCAUAAGACAGGGCUGAGAGGACGCAAAGGAAACAUGGCUGUUUGUGUUAUCAUCCUCCUCUUCCUUCUUGCCUUAAUUAACCUCAUUAUCACAUUAGUAAUAUGGACGGUGAUCCGUAUUGGUCCAAAUGGCUGCGAUAGUAUGGAGUUCCAUGAGACUGGCCUGUUGCGCUUCAAACAGAAGGCAGACAUGGGCAUCGUUCACCCACUACACAAGAGCACAGUAGGAGGCCGUAAGGACCAGGACCUGGUCAUCGUUGGCAACAAUAACCCGGUUGUGUUCCAGCAAGGCACUACUAAGCUGAGUGUAGAAAAGGACAAGACUUCAGUCGUCAGUGACGUUGGCAUAUCAUUCACGGACCCUCGCACACAGAACACAUUCUUCAGUACAGACUUUGAAAACCAUGAGUUCCAUUUGCCCAAAGGAGUCAAAGUCCUCAGUGUUAAAAAGGCUUCCACAGAAAGGAUAACCAGUAGUGCAGCAUCUGACCUGAACAUCAAAGGGGACAGCAAGGCCAUCAUUCGUGGUAACGAGGGAGUCAACAUCAUGGGCCGGACUGUAGAGUUCAAAAUGGGUGGAGGCAUCGAGCUCAGGGCUGAAAACAGCAUUGUCCUCAAUGGAUCAGUCAUGUUCAAUGCCACACGCAUCCCUAACUCUGCAGGAGAUGUGUAUUUUGAUGAGGGUCUGGAGAGGUACAAGCUCUGCAUGUGUGCAGAUGGCACUCUGUUCCGUGUGCAGGUGAAAUAUCCCAACAUGGGCUGUCAGACAUCAGAUAACCCCUGUAGAAAAGCUCACUAGGAGACUGGACUGGAAUCUGCUCAAUCUCACCACUGAAGUCAGAUUACAAAUUUGCAUAUGUUGGACAUUCUAUAGUAACUUCAUCAUGACUGACACAUAAUAAUACCUCUUUAGUUCAUCUUCUUAUUUGUAAAGCUGGAAUCAUGUUACAGAUCUUUACCACUUGGCCAAAGACAUUAACAUACAUGCUGAAAUAUUUUUAUUGUUCUUCAGAUUUGCCAACUUUAUUUAAACUUUAUUAUGCCAUGUAAGCACAUAACACUCCUAUAUUUAACAUUAUACUGUGGUUUACACAGCCCAUUGGUAGCAAUUAAAAAAUCCAGUUUUUAUUUUUUGCCUUACCGUCCAGUAUUACUAAUAUACACUUGGUUGGCAGUUAUCAGGUAAACCCAGCUACAACUAAUGCAGUCUAAUACAAGAGUGCUGCAAUAAAUCCUCCUUCAUGAAGGUUAUAAUGUUGUAAUGUUUUGGAGGCUGCAGUUUGUGGUGCUGUUGAACUAUACUGCAUUAUGCAGCAAGGUGUUUCUGUUAUUUAGCCUGCUGUCAUUGAUCUAACACAAUUCAAUUCAAAAGCACCACACACAAACUGCCACCUCAUAAAUGACCAUAAAAUUGAAUCAACACCUACCUAAAACACACACUGAACAUUAUACACCAUCAUGAAGGUGGGAUGUAUUGCAGGACUACUGCAUUAGACUACUGUAUUAGUUUUAACUAGGUGUAUGUAAUAAACAGCCAACUGAGUGUAUAAACUUUGUGGAGGGGUUGUAUAUGAUUUUAUUUGCUUCCAGCAGCUGUGUUUGAUAUUUUCUUCAUUUUUAAUGACAUGAGAUGAGACACUAUAAGAUUACAUAGACUUGUCUAACACUUGGAAUAAACUAUAAUACAAGAGAUACAUUUUAAGCCAUCUAGUAAUGUUAAAGCAGAAUAGGUGUCUUUCUCCACUUCUUGGACUGCCCAUCAUGCACGUGCCAAUGGAUUUACAAGGGAUGAUAUAUGAUAUAAUAUAUAUAUAAUAUUCUAAUUUUGUUGCAAAAAUUGUUUUUUACAGUAAAAUAAGACAAUAUUGAAAAAGUAAGAGUGUUUGCACUAUGUUAAACUAAAGAUUAAUGCAAAUCUCUUUAAAUGUUCAUGUUGAUGAAUGUCUGAAGAGUUUAAAUCAUCAGUAACUUGGUUUGAAAAACAUGUAUUGAGUGGUUUUAAUUUUGUGCAAUAUAGUAUAAAAGAUUUAACUUUUAUUUUGCUUUGGAUUGUCUUGUCUGUUUUAUAACAGUACUGAUGUUGAGAACAUUUGUUACCAAUGUUAUGAAGUAGUUCUCAGCACGUUCAGACCUGAUGUAUGUGCUGAAAGUGUUUUUGAUCCACUAAAUGGAAAAAAAAUGGCAACAAGCCUUAUUUGAAAAUUGAAAACAUUUCAUUGCUAUAUUUGUUUCAAUAAAGAAACAUGUUGCUAUGUGAAA